GUGCAUGAUGGACAGUGACGAUGAAGUUCGGGACAGAGCAACGUUCUACUUGAAUGUGCUGCAGCAGAGACAGAUAGCACUGAAUGCUGCCUAUAUCUUUAACGGGUUGACCGUCUCUGUUCCCGGGAUGGAGAAAGCCCUACACCAGUACACACUGGAACCUUCUGACAAACCUUUUGAUAUGAAAACCGUUCCACUGGCAACCGCACCCAUCUUUGAACAGAAAGCAGAGAUUGCCCUAGUGACCAGCAAGCCCGAGAAAGUCGCUCCUUCGCGUCAGGAUAUAUUUCAAGAUCAACUGGCAGCUGUUCCAGAGUUUAAGACCUUGGGUCCGUUAUUCAAAUCUUCGGAACCAGUGCAGCUCACAGAAGCAGAAACCGAGUAUUUUGUGCGCUGUAUUAAACACGUGUUCACAAACCACAUCGUUUUCCAGUUUGAUUGCACAAACACAUUAAAUGAUCAGCUGCUGGAGAGAGUCACCGUGCAGAUGGAGCCGUCGGACGCUUACGACGUGAUCUGUUGCAUCCCGGCACCCAGCCUGGCUUACAACCAGCCGGGCAUGUGUUACACUCUUGUCCAGGUUCCCCAGGAUGACCCCACGGCAGUUGCUUGUACUUUCAGUUGCACGAUGAAGUUCACUGUUCGAGACUGUGACCCCAACACAGGAGUGCCAGAAGAAGAUGGCUAUGACGAUGAGUAUGUGUUAGAAGAUUUGGAGGUGACCGUGUCCGAUCACAUCCAGAAGGUUUUAAAGCCUAACUUCGCAGCUGCAUGGGAAGAAGUGGGAGAGGACUUUGAGAAAGAAGAAACCUUUGCGCUUAGUUCCAUUAAAACCCUUGACGAAGCUGUCAAUAACAUCAUCAAGUUCUUGGGCAUGCAGCCCUGUGAGAGGUCAGAUAAAGUGCCAGAGAACAAAAAUUCUCACACGCUCUACUUAGCUGGCGUGUACAGAGGCGGCUGCGAUGUGCUGGUAAGGUCCAGGCUUGCGCUGGGAGAUGGCGUGACCAUGCAGGUGACAGUUAGGAGCAAGGAGGAGACACCCGUCGAUGUCAUCCUGGCUUCUGUAGGCUGAGUCUUGCUACACACCGACGGUGGUGGAAACCUCUGCCAGCACCGCUUGGGUAUUUACCGAAUGUCAAGCAGCCUGUCCGUCCUCCUGCAUGUAGUUUUUACUCCUCAAUUUGGUAAAUAUUUUGUAUGAUGUGGCAGUAGUGGCUGGCUGGUACUGAGCCUUUCCCGUGUCCCUUCCCUCGUUGUCACUUACGCAUUCCCUUCUAACUUAUUGCAUCUCUGGCCGCUCGCAGUAGGGCGGGGAAGAGAAAAGAUGCGGGUGGUAAGAAAACGGAAUCGGACUUUUGUCAAAGCUGCUUUUUAUUAACAGAAAAUAAACACUGGUCCAAGUGGUGGAAUUCAUACAAAUUACUGUUAAUAAAAUAGACAUUUCUUCUUCUAA